AUGAAAGUAAAUGAAAAGAGAAUACAUGUACUGGAUGAGAGAGGGUUGAAAGUAAAUGAAAAGAGAAUACAUGUACUGGAUGAAAGAGGAUUGAAAGUAAAUGAAAAGAGAAUACAUGUACUGGAUGAGAGAGGAAUGAAAGUAAAUGAAAAGAGAAUACAUGUACUGGAUGAGAGAGGGUUGAAAGUAAAUGAAAAGAGAAUACAUGUACUGGAUGAGAGAGGAUUGAAAGUAAAUGAAAAGAGAAUACAUGUACUGGAUGAAAGAGGAUUGAAAGUAAAUGAAAAGAGAGUACAUGUACUGGAUGAGAGAGGGUUGGAAGUAAAUGAAAAGAGAAUACAUGUACUGGAUGUGAGAGGAUUGAAAAGAGUACAUGUACUGGAUGAGAGAGGAUUGAAAGUAAAUGGAAAGAGAAUACAUGUACUGGAUGAGAGAGGAUUGGAAGUAAAUAAAAAGAGAAUACAUGUACUGGAUGAGAGAGGAUUGAAAGUAAAUGAAAAGAGAAUACAUGUACUGGAUGAAAGAGGAUUGAAAGUAAAUGAAAAGAGAAUACAUGUACUGGAUGAGAGAGGAUUGAAAGUAAAUGAAAAGAGAAUACAUGUACUGGAUGAGAGAGGAUUGAAAGUAAAUGAAAAGAGAAUACAUGUACUGGAUGAGAGAGGAUUGGAAGUAAAUGAAAAGAGAAUACAUGUACUGGAUGAGAGAGGAUUGAAAGUAAAUUAA